AUGGAUGAGAAACGAAAAGAGAUUCGUCGAGUAGCCUCUCGUUUUAUCGCUGCAGUUUCGCUUUAUAUUCUCACCGAUAUAUGCAAAAGACUAGCUGGUCUUCGAAGCACCAUUGACCCUCAUUCAUCAUCAUCACAUCCAAAUCCCACGGAAGUGAACAUGGCGUUUUCUUUGGCAUCUCAGUUCAAUUUGUUCGCGCACUUGUUUUCUAUAGUGGUGAUUAUGAAACUCCCUUUUGCUUUCUUGUUUGUGGAAAGGAUGCGAAAGAUACGACAAGAAUCCGACUAA